CCGGUCGAGGACGAGAAUUCUCGUUUUCGACCGGUCCGACGGGUAGGGAGGGGGCGUCCCGUCGGCGGAUCGGGGUCGAUCCGCGCCGCGACCUACUUACAUUGCGUCUUCGGUUUCGGCUCGGCAUGGAGCGUCUGUUGCUGUGCCUGCUGGUGUCGUGGAUUAUCCGGCGCUCGACGGCCACCCUCAACACUCUAGAUGCGGCUAAGGUGGAGGACGUUUCUGUGGUGUGUCGGAGCGGCGACAUCCGCGUGUCCAUCGCCACCGACCGCGACUUCAACGGCAUGGUCUACCCCCGUGGACUGGCGGAGAACUCCUCCUGUUUGACGGAAUACUCGCACGCGGGCCCUAGAGUGGAGUACCGACUGCCCCUGCAUUCCUGCAACACUAUGAGCUCGGAUUCGGGCGACGGCGUGGAGUACUUCAAUACCAUCGUGGUCCAGCCUCACCCGAAACUUGUCACCGGCCUGGGAAAGGGCUUUCACGUCCGAUGCAAGUACGAAAACCGGAAGGAAACUCUGGGCUGGCAGCGGGAAGUGGGGACCCCCGAUCCAAUCUCCUUGGCCGGAUCGGGCGCCCUUCCGGUGUGCGGCAUGAAGAUCUUCCGAGGGCAGUCGGAGGAGAAGGUGGCCGAUCGCGCCAAAAUAGGAGACAGAUUGACUCUGGUGGUGUCCCUCCCACCCCAAGACGAAUACGGGAUGAAGGUGACCAACUGCGUCGUCAGAGACGGACUAGAACGUGCGGAGCAACCUCUCGUCAACAACGAAGGGUGUCCCGUAGACGAAGAGUUGAUGGGGGCCUUCCACUACGAUGGGAAUCUAACGAGGGCUUCCGUGACAUUUCCGGCUCACAAGUUUCCCUACACCCCCUCCGUCUAUUAUCAAUGCAACGUCAAGCUCUGCCACAAGAAGACCGGGGGAUGCCGCCAGCUGCCCCCGAAUUGCGACGAGGACCAGGUGUUCGGUAGGAGCAGGCGGAGCGCCGAUCGGAUCGAAGAGACCGGAAGUCUUCGCGAGCUGAUCCGGGAACAGGAAGACCCCAAAUACCUGAACGUUGAAGUGUAUUCGGGUCUGUACGUGGACGAGGACACUGACAGCCAAAAGGAGGCGGAAGAGGAAGAGGAGAAGGCACGACCCCUGACCGACGAGGACGACUUCUGCGUCUCCACCCGCAAGUUUGCCAUCGGGAUCGCUAUCGCCGGGGUGCUUCUGGUGUUGGCCGUGUUGUUGCUGGUGGCCUGCAUCCUCCACCGCCGCCGGAGGAGGAAGGGUACCAGCACAGCCGGCAGCUCCAUCUACUCCGGGCCCUACUCCAACCGCGCUUUUGGCCGCGACUGAAGCGCCCUGUCGGACGUCCACUCCCCCUAAUUUAUCGACUCUUGGGACUUCCGGAACCGACCCACUAACGACGACGAAAAAGGGACCGACGAAAGGCCUCGGUGGAAGCCACUAACUUCCGGAGAAGGGCGGACGAGGCCCCGCUCUUCGCAGCUCUAGUCACCGAAAGGAGAGCCCUCCGGCAGCUACGCGGUGGAGGAUCGCUUCUCGGCGAUCGGAGGCGGUGGCGGGGCCCCUCCUCCCCUCCGCCCUCCCCUCGCCGCUAACCCGCAUUGUACAGUUUUUUAACACCAAUAAAAGUUACGUGGUUCUUAUCUUUUUUAUUA